AUGAAGAGGGAUCGGUUUCAGGACGAGACGGCCCAUACUUCAAAAAGCAAGGUAGCGAGAACAAUUUCUACUAGUAAACCGUCAACGACUGCGAAAAGGGCAUAUAACGAAGUAGCAAGGGAUGAGCUACAGGUGGCGCUCAUUGAUGAUAUUACUGGCAAUGGAAAAAAGAUGCUGGAAAAAUGGGGUGAGAUUGAGCCCAAGCUGGCGGAAAUGGUGAUGGAACACCUUUUAACAAAUCUAGACGUCCCCACACCAGGCUUUGAUUCAUCAGAAGUGGUUCGUGGUUGCAGGGUCUUCAAAUGUGAUGACCAGCUAUCCAAAGUAUUUCUUGGCAACCGCAUUGCUAAGGUAAGUGAUGCAUGGGAAGGUUUAAGGAUAAAGCUUGUCCCAGCCAACGAUAUCCCUAGAAGACCAAGGGCCCGCAUUUGGCUGCCAAUUAUGAAGAUGAAGCACGAGAAAGUACUCCAGCUGCUACAAAGGCAGAACCAAAACGUGCCAAUAAAUGACUGGGUAGUCAUCAAGGACGAGGGCACACAAAAGAACAAUAUGACGCUUCUUCUGGCGAUAAACGAGGAAUCCGUGAAGCUACUGGAAGAAAUGGACUGUAAGCUGAGGUUUGGCGUAGGGCACACGAAAACAAAAAUAUUCCGCCCAACAGGCAAUGAUGAUGAUGGCAACGAGUUAGAGGAUGCUAACAAAUUGCUUGAUGGCAUGAAGCUUCAGGAAGAAGCUGCAGAAACUUCAUAA